AUGAUAUAUAAGAAGCCAAUGCUUGUUCAAAAUCAAGCAGGAAAGAGAGAGAAAACUGAAAUGACUCGUCCACAUAUUCUGGUAAUACCUUUACCAGCACAAGGCCAUGUAAUUUCUUUACUUGAGCUUUCACAUUACUUAGUGAAGCAUGGCCUCAGGGUCACGUUUGUAAACACAGAUCAUACUCACAAGCGGGUCAUCAACGCCUUGCAGGAAAAAAACUAUGUAGGAGAUGAUGAAGAAAUCCGCCUGGUAUCGAUUCCAGAUGGAUUGGAACCCUGGGAGGAUAGAAAUGAUUUAGGCAAGUUAUGUGAAUCACUUGUAAUGGUGAUGCCUGGGAAGCUGGAAGAGCUCAUACAAGAGAUCAACAACAAAGAGGAAGAUGAAAAGAUCACUUGUGUCAUUGCUGAUAUGCAUGUUGGAAUGACCCUGAAAACGGCAAAGAAACUGAAAAUUAAAGGGGCUGCGUUUAUGCCGAUGGCAGUGGCGUCUCUGGCCUUGUACUACCAUAUUCCAAAGCUGAUUGAUGAUGGAAUCAUUAACAAAGACGGUAAGACACUUAAUAAACAUUUCUUUUUUCUUGUGUUCUCCCUUCAUGAUAAGACUAGAUUUGUAACAUUUGAUGAAAUUGAUUUCCCUUUAACUUAUUUUAGGAACUACGACUGGGAGACAUAUGAUUCAGCUGGGGCGAAACAUUCCUACAAUCAGCAAUGCAAAUCUUAUCUGGAACGUUGGCGACUUAAUCACCCAGAGGAAGAUUUUCCUACUUAUUGA